ACUUGGCGAACGAUGGUCCUUGCUCUGCUCUUCCAGCACAGUGAGAUAGAUGGCCCCCGGGGGAAUGUUGCUGCCUCCAUGACCCUGCUGAGGGUUGCAUUGAAGCUUGGCACAGCCAGUGCAGAGGCACUGUGAGGAAGAUCCACAGUCUAUAGGCUCCCUCUGCACACUUGGGGGAGGAAAGAAGUUGCCGUUGACACAUUGAAAUGGCGUUUAACUCCGAGUUGGAUCAACAUGACAACAACAUUCAGUGAUGAUGGUUCGAAGGCAAUUGAGCAGAUCACAGAUGUUCUCGAAACAGGCAACAGAACGGACAGCAGUAAAAUAGAUCACGUGUAUGAGAUUGAGAGAACCUGCGACUUCAUCACAAAUCAUGCCUUUAAAAGGGUGGCUGUACAAUUUCCUGAUGAACUUCUCAUUGAUGCAGCUGCGGUUGUAUCAAAAUUGGAGAAAAAGACCAGUGCCAAGAUUUUCAUAUUGGGAGACACAUCAUAUGGCAGCUGCUGUGUGGAUGAAGUUGCUGCUGAGCAUGUUCAGGCUGACAGUAUAAUACAUUAUGGAAGAGCAUGCCUCAGCCCAACCAGAAGACUCCCAGUAAUGUACGUGUUUGGACAAAAAUCUAUCGAUUUGUAUCAAUGUGCUGCUGCUUUUCGUGCACUCUACCCAGACAAGUUUACGUAUGUUAUAAUGCUGUGUGAUGUCAUCUACUCAUAUGCACUUGAUGAACUACAACAGCUGCUCCAACCAGAAUAUGAAAACCUUGUUGUUUCAGCAGUUUGUGCUUACAGAAAUGGAACAACCGAUCCCUGUACAACCGAUGGCCUUCACAAUGAAAGUGAUAUUGAUGUCCAGGGAUCUAGCAGCCAGUCAUGCCUUCAAGUUAUUAAUAAGUUUGGGCGCCAAUUCACUAUUCAUGAUGGCAGGAGUGUGAAUGACUACAAUAUGUUCUACAUUGGACAGGAGAGCCCAACAUUGACAAAUUUUAUGAUGACGUGGAAUCAAUGUUCGUUUUGCUCAUUUGAUCCUGUGAAAGGAGUUGGGAGACAGGAAAGUGUGAAUAUUAACAAGGCUUUAAUGAAGCGAUACUACAUGAUCGAAAGAGCCAAGGAUGCUCAAGUUGUAGGAAUUUUAGUCGGGACUCUUGGUGUUGCUGACUAUCUCUCCACUAUUAAUCAUCUUAAAAGGAUUGUCAAACAAUUGGGCAAAAAAAGUUACACCUUUGUAAUGGGUAAAUUGAAUGUUGCUAAAUUGGCUAAUUUCUUGGAGGUGGACAUAUAUGUGUUAGUAGCUUGUCCAGAAAACUCUCUGUUGGAUUCCAGUGAGUUUUAUAGACCAGUCAUAACCCCAUACGAGAUGGAGGUUGCUUGCAAUCAAGCACGGCAAUGGACUGGAGAAUACAUUACUGACUUCAGGGAUCUGCUUCCAGGUGGCUGCCGUCAUGUUCAAUUUCCAGACGAGAACUUCAAAAGUCAGGAGACCAAUGUCUCACUAAUAACUGGAAACCUUCAAGCAAUUCAUCUGCUAAAGUCGGAGGGGCAAAUCAACACAUCCAGCACAUCUCUGAUCCCCAGGAAUGAGGCUCUUGCAGUUACUCAGUCACACCCAGCAGCUUCAUUCUUAGCAACUCGGAGUUGGAAGGGAUUGGAGCAAAACCUUGGGGAGACACCUGUGUCCAAAGCAGUAGAAGGACGGAAAGGGAUUGCGAUUGCCUAUGAGGAAGAGGGCACUAGUUGAAGUAACUGCAGCCCUGGAUGUUAAUAUGUAUGAAAAUGACCUGAAAUCCAAUUCAAGGAAUAGAGAGACUAACAAAGAUGGCCCCAUUUGAAAGUAAAUUGGUCUCUACAACAUUUCUUUGGAAGUCUUUAACUUUCAAGAUAAUGGUGUGUCCCCAUACAAAAUGAUGGGUGAUAGUUCUUGAAUGUUGGUGAGCAAUAACAUUUUGAACCAAAUUGUGAACUUGAGAAGUUAUUUUAUGAGUUGUGUAGUUAUCUUGUGGGAUAUAUUAUGAAUCACCUAAUCCAAAGGUUCAGUGAUGAUGAAGCCAAAUUGAGAAUUCACUGAAUGCUGUGAAUUGGUUGGAUUUGACUAGACUGUUUUAUAUUAUAUAUUAUAGAUAACAUGGAAAAAUAUUUGCUGUUCUGUGAUUCAAGAUUAUGAUGAAGGAUCUUGACCUGAAACAUUGACUCUUUGUUCCUCUCCAUAAAUACUGCUGGAACUGCUGAGUUCCUCCGGAUUUUCAGUAUCUGCAAAAUCUCUUGUGCUUGUAAAAUGGUAUGUUCAUCAAAUGACAACAAAAAACAAAUGGGUGGAAGCAAAGGUAUAACUGUGGAGGCUGACUAUGUUAGGUUUCAUGAUUUCUGGUAUGGAUCAGGUACUUUCCCAUCAAUGUCUAGAAUUUAGCAAUAAUGACAACUUGGACUUAGUUGGUGCACUCACUACAUAAAUUUUAAAUUGAGUGCAGAAAUUGAACUCUUUGCAAGGAUUCAAAGUUUGAAAACUAAGGAUGGGGAGGGAAUUGGAAGCUGUUCUGUUGGCCUGGAGAAACUAAAAAUCUAUGGAACAGCCGGAUGUAACAAGUCAAGAGCAGUGGAUUUGUGUGAUCAUUCACUUCACCUAUGUUUGUUGACCAAGAUUAAAGUUAACACUUUGAAGGAAUGCAACAAUAUAGGGAGGGAGUUGUGAACUGGUAGUCCAAGAUCAUGUGACAUCAACUAUUGAAUGAAAAAUGGAUAAAGUGGAAAUGCACAGGAGAUCUGGAAGAAAUGGGGUGAUGUAGAGAUGUGAAGUUAAUUAUGAGGAAUUUUAAAAUCAAUCGGAUGAAACAAAUAAAGACAAUGAGGGGAAAGAAGGGAUUAUGGGCAGCAUAGCCUUGGGUGGCAUGAGAUUGAAACUUCCACAUUCUAUAAUCUAAAUUUACAGCAAGAAUACUGGAGAGAGAGUCGAGAACCAAUGGUCACUUAUUUCAAUGACAGAUGAGAGUAAAUUGUCACCACUUAAUGGCCAGUGGAUUUUAAACUGCAGUCAGUGCUCAAUCUGACUAUUUUGUAUGAUUCCUCAGUAUAUGAGAAGUAACCUAUGAGCUAAUAUGAUUGAAAAGGUAUGUACUUAUGAGAGGAGCUAAUUUUCCCAAUAUGGAGUACUUUGUCUUACCAGAGCAGAUAGUUGUGUGACAGAGGAAGGUAGUGGAGAAGUAAAUCCCAUCUAGACUGCCCAUUAAUGUCUGCAUUGUUUUCAAUGUCAUUACAUCAUAUGGAUGUUCAAAAGGAAAUAUGGUUUUGAAAUGUGUGCACCCCAUCUUAACUGCUGUCUUAUUUUUAACUGUAAUGAUAAACGGUUAUUUGUUUGACCAGAGACAUGGUAUAGAUGUAAUUAAAUGGUGAUAAUGUCUCAAUUUGAAGCAUAUGUAAUGAAGACUGAAUACCUCAGAUGCCUUUCACUUUAUUUUAAUACAGUCUGAAAUUAUCAAUAAAAAUAAUUUGUUUA